AUGGCCUCAUCUCUGGCCCCCUUAGAGCGUCUUUCACUUGAAAUCUGGGAAAAAAUCGGGUUCUAUACUCUUAUCUCACCGGAGACCUUUUUGGGCCCACCAUCUGGAUUAUGUCCUCUUUCCCUUGUUUCAAGCACUAUAACCGACAAACUAUCCGUCACAAACAACUCGAGACUGUAUGCCAGACUCUUUACCUUCAAGUUUGACACACUUGCCACCCGACGACGCCUCAGUCAGCGAUGGCUCACCACGCGCUGCUUGGCAGCUGAACUGAUCAAGCGAUGUGAGGCCAUGAAGCGUAUACGCUCCAAGGAUUUUCGCGUGGAUGACCUCUGGACUACAUAUCUUAUGUUAAGCGAAAGCGAUGGGAAAAACCACGCUCAAUUGUUUGACUGGGCAAACCUUCACGACUACGUCGACUUUUUGAUCACUCAUCGAGCGCAUAUCAGAUCACCACUAGCCUGGUAUCAGGAUGGCACCAUCGAUGCCCUGAUAGUUUGGAUCAUGUGGAUGACUACUUCAAGAGAACGGAUAAGAAGUGAAUCCCUUGACCAUCGUGAUCUGGUUUUCCAUAUCUUGCGGGGUUUCAUUAUCGUUGGCUUUCGAGUGAGUUAUACUGGUCAGAAUACGUAUUUGGGUUGGAAAACUUACCGAAUCUUCGAGCUUCCUACAACGUACGCACCAGAUUCUUCCUUUUCAGUUCCACUGGCUUCUUCGGAUGAACUGGAAACGGCUUAUGGGUCCAGUCCACCCCCUGUUUCUGAGAUUAUGCACUACUCCCAUAAGCUCAAAAUAGCAGCGCCGCCAGUUACCGCUGCUGCGACACUUUCUUUCACCAUACGUGCAGAGGCAGCUCAGGAUGUUGCAGCUUUUCGGACGUCCACAACCCUCCCCGCCAAUCGUCAAAUUGCGAUUUCGUUGGGUUGGACAGGACCUACACUUGAAGAUAUGCAUUACUUUCACCAUCAAAAUCGCAUUCAGUCCAUGGACAAACCACCUUUGACCCUUGAUUUUGACUUUGAUGAGCCGUCUGACGACCAGAGCGACGACAGCGACCUUGACGAGGUCGUUGAAUUUGCUUCUGAAUCUUUUAGCACGCGAUAUGAUUCAGACUGGUAUAAGAUGGUGUCUUGUUACGAUCCAUUGAAUGGCAACCUCCCUCUGAGGGGGCCCGUUUACAAAAUUGGCUCCUUGACUGGCUCGUGGGAUGGCCGUUUAUUACUACCUGACCAUCCCCGCAUCGUCAAUCUCUCUGCUGGAGGACAAUCGAACCCGGCCGCCGUGGUAAUACAUAAUAAACCGCUCUACUGGAAGCUCCAAGAGCACCACUGUCUGCAUCCUGAUGAGCCACUUCUGCCUGGAUUUGACGACAUGGAUGGGGAAGAUUUCUUGAAUGCAUGGCUACCCCAAGGAAUCACGGUCACUCAUCUCGAAGAUGCAAUCGAAGUCCAGGAUCCCAGGAUUUCGCAAACCUUCCGAUACGAAACAUUCAUUCCCGGAAGCAUGGCUCCAUAUUCGAAAUCGGCGUGCGAGAAGCUUCAAACGCCCUGGAUCUCAGAUUCUCUCGAUGAGGAGAUCGCCGACGUUCCCAAAGCGGACCACGACAUCGACGUAGACCUUUCCACCAACAUCGACGACGACGACGUAUACAGUGAUACUGUGAGCCAUCACUCGAGCGGGGUCGCUGAUAUUCUGAUCACGGGAGAGACUGGUGAGAGACAUGCGGAUGCGUGGGGUUACUACACAAUGAUAGGUCGGAUCCGGCCUUGGGACGGAUUAAUCGUACUAUUGCGAACUCCGAUGGACCUUCACCAGCAAUUUUUGGGAACAUGGGUGUUCAAGGGGUACCUCCAUGAUCAAAAUCUCGUCGGUCGGUGGCGCGAAACCUCAACCCCUGCAAAUAUCGUUGGUUACGAGGGAGGUUUUGUAGUUCGCAAAAUAAGCGACACAUAG